ACGUGGCCGCCGCCUGUCCCCGCGAAGGAGGCGCCGCAGCCGGAGAUGGCGGCCGUGCUGAGCGCGGAGCGGCUCGAGGUGUCGGUAGACGGCCUCACGCUGAGCCCCGACCCCGAGGAGCGGCCCGGCGCGGAGGGCGCCCCGCUGCUGCCGCCCCCGCUGCCGCCGCCCGCGCCCCCCGGAGCCGCUCGGGGCCCGGGCGCCGCGGGGCCGCAGCCCGAGCCCGGGGAGGCGGCGGCGGCGGCGGCCGGGGGCGCGGCGGCGGAGGCGCGGCGGCUGGAGCAGCGCUGGGGCUUCGGCCUGGAGGAGCUGUACGGCCUGGCGCUGCGCUUCUUCAAAGAGAAAGAUGGCAAAGCCUUUCAUCCAACUUAUGAAGAAAAACUGAAGCUUGUGGCCCUACAUAAACAGGUUCUUUUGGGCCCAUAUAAUCCAGACACUUGUCCCGAGGUUGGAUUCUUUGAUGUGUUGGGGAAUGACAGGAGGAGAGAAUGGGCAGCUCUGGGAAACUUGUCCAAAGAGGAUGCCAUGGUAGAGUUUGUCAAGCUCUUAAAUACGUGUUGCCAUCUGUUUUCAACAUAUGUUACAUCCCACAAAAUAGAGAAGGAAGAGCAAGAAAAAAAAAGGAAGGAAGAGGAAGAACGAAGGCGCCGUGAAGAAGAGGAAAAAGAACGUCUUCAAAAGGAGGAAGAGAAACGGAGGCGGGAAGAAGAGGAGAGGCUUAGAAGGGAGGAAGAAGAGAGGCGACGAAUAGAAGAAGAGAGGCUUCGGUUGGAGCAGCAAAAGCAGCAGAUAAUGGCAGCCCUAAACUCGCAGACUGCUGUGCAGUUCCAGCAGUACGCAGCCCAGCAGUACCCAGGGAACUACGAGCAGCAGCAGAUUCUCAUCCGCCAGCUGCAGGAACAGCACUAUCAGCAGUACAUGCAGCAGCUGUACCAAGUCCAGCUUGCACAGCAGCAGGCAGCAUUACAGAAACAACAGGAAGUAGUAGUGGCUGGGGCCUCUGUGCCUACAUCAUCAAAAGUGAAUGCAGCUGUAGCAGGUGAUGUCCUGUCAGUUAAUGGACAGGCCAAAACCCACACUGACAACUCUGAGAAAGAGCUUGAGCCAGAAACUGCAGAAGAAGCCCUGGAGAAUGGACCAAAAGAAUCUUUUCCAGUGAUUGCAGCCCCAUCCAUGUGGACGCGGCCACAGAUCAAAGACUUCAAAGAGAAGAUUCGGCAGGACGCAGAUUCUGUGAUCACAGUGGGCCGAGGAGAAGUGGUCACCGUUCGAGUUCCCACCCAUGAGGAAGGAUCCUAUCUCUUUUGGGAAUUUGCUACAGACAGUUAUGACAUUGGGUUUGGGGUGUAUUUUGAAUGGACAGAUUCUCCAAACACUGCGGUCAGUGUGCACGUCAGCGAGUCCAGUGAUGAUGAGGAAGAGGAGGAAGAAAACAUCACCUGUGAAGAGAAAGCCAAAAAGCACGGCAGCAAGCCGGUGCUGGACGAGAUCGUGCCUGUGUACCGACGGGACUGUCACGAGGAGGUCUAUGCCGGCAGCCACCAGUACCCGGGGAGAGGGGUCUACCUCCUCAAAUUUGACAACUCCUACUCGUUGUGGAGGUCCAAAUCCGUCUACUACAGAGUCUAUUACACUAGAUAAAGGCGGUGCUGCGCGGUGGAGUCUGGGCGUGGCGAAGACGGCGUUUACUUUCUUUUGGCUUUGGUGGGACACUGGAGUUGUGUUUCCCUAUUCUUUUUGGUCUGAUGGUAUGAACUCUUGUGGAGUCGGGAUUUCCUUGAGACGCUCUCGCAGUCAUCCUCGGGGGCUGAAGGGGGUCCCUCUGACUCCUGAGCCCCUGGGUGCUGACCAGCACAUGCACCAGUGGAUGUGAAGUUACAGGAGCUCCGUGUUAGAUACUCAGUCACCAGAAUAAAAUGGCCAGGGCAGACCGGGGGGGCUGCUGCGCGCACAGGGGUCCCUCCAGAGCCCAGAACUGCAGCGCCCUCUAGUUACAUGCUUACUUUGUAGUCCACAUCCUGUGCCGGGGCUGGGGUCCAAGGUCACCAAUUUGAAACUUAAGACUCUCAAGACCUCACACAGUGUACUAGAGACAGACAGACAUUGCCUCAGUCUUGCUCUGAACAACCCAGAUUAUUUUUGCUUUGAGGCAGCUGUUCAGUUACGUUACAGAGAAUUAUUUUCUGAGAUUGUCUGAAAGUUAGAAUGCUCAAACCCAGUAGAACCCCGUAGGUAACUGGAGUAUGUAGACGCAUAGAACACCUCAGACUUCUUCCUUGCGAGUCCCCGUCACUCAGGCCUUUCCAUCCAUAGCACACCACCAGUCAAAACAAAACGAAACAAGUCAGAUUGGAAGUUGUCUGCACAAACUGUACAGUUAGGGGUUUCCAAACUCAGAGUGGCACCCACUAAAUUAAACUAGGUCACUACCCUCCACCAUCCGGGUGUGGAAUAUUAGAAUUGGAAAAGCAUAUGCCCAGUCUCAAGUUUGCAACUCUAAUCUGUACUAUGUCUUUAUUGAUGGAAGAGGUACAUCUUUGUUUUUGUAUUUUUACCAAAAACAAACAAGGAUUAAUUGCUUCAAAUUUGUGGAAUUGA